UCAAUGGAGAACAGAACAGAAGUGAUACGGUUCAUCUUGUUGGGACUCACCGAUAACCCACAUCUGCAGCUUCCUCUCAUCACCACCUUCCUUCUUAUCUACACCAUCACCCUGGUUGGAAACCUGGGGAUGUUUCUGUUGAUUCUUUUGGACUCUCGGCUUCACACACCCAUGUACAUUUUUCUCAGUAAUUUGUCCUUAGUGGACUUUUGUUACUUUUCCACAAUUACUCCAAAGGUCAUAGCUGGAUUCCUUACAAGAGACAAGAUCAUGUCCUACAAUGCCUGUGCCUCUCAGAUGUUCUUUUUUUCAACAUUUGCCAAUGUGGAGAACUACCUUUUAGUCUCAAUGGCCUAUGACCGCUAUGUAGCAGUGUGUAAGCCCCUACACUAUGCCACCAACAUGACAACUAGUGUGUGUACAUGUCUCAUCAUUGGCUGUUAUAUCUGUGGUAUCUUGACUGCUUCCAUCUGCACUGUGGAUGCAUUAAGUCUCUCUUUCUGUGAGUCCAAUGUGGUCCACCAUUUUUUCUGUGAUGUUCUAGCAGUUAUGACUGUGUCUUGUUCUGAAAGACGUGUCAAUGAGCUAGUUCUUAUUUAUGCAGCCAGUCUCAAUAUCUUUUGUGCUCUUAUAUUCAUCUUAAUAUCCUACACGUUCAUUUUCACAAAUAUACUACAGAUGCACUCUGCUACAGGAUAUCGCAAAGCUCUCUCUACUUGUGCCUCCCAUUUCACAGCUGUCUCCAUUUUCUAUGGGACAGUUACAUUCAUGUAUGUGCAGCCCAGCUCUAGUCACUCCAUGGACAUAGACAAAAUUUCAUCUGUGUUUUACACCAUGGUCAUUCCUAUGUUGAACCCUCUUGUCUACAGCUUAAGAAAUAAGGAGGUAAGGAGUGCAUUCACAAAGAUUGUAUUAAAAUCAAAAUAA